AUGCCUCGACAAAAAACACGUACUAAUACGACCUUAGCAUGUAUGAGUUGUCAAUGGAGACAUGAAAGAUGCGAAAGACUUCCCGGAGAGAACAUCUGUAUAAGCUGUAAAGAACACAAUCGACUCUGUGUUUCUAUCCCUGGUAACAAACGUGGACCAAAGCCGCGCAGACAAAAUCUUGGGUUUGCAAACCUCCAACCUUUUUCAAAUAUUAACCCUUAUGGUGCAACUCAGAUCCAACAUUGGGAACAGUUUAUGCCUAGUAUUGGAAAUGGCUCACACCCAGUAUCAAGAGCAUCUUACACUCAAUACCAACUUACGCCUAGUAUCGAGAGCUACUCAUGCUUGACACCAGAAGUUUAUACUCAGUAUCAACUCAUGCCCAGUAACGAAUGCUAUUCAUAUUUGACACCAUGGAGUAACCUAUACCAAAUAGCUUGGGCAGAUUAUAUCCAUAAUCAAUCCUCCUCAACAUCUUUUCUUUUGAACACGAAGAACCCACGCUAA